GGUGCGAGUAGAAUUCUGCGAGGUACUUCUCCAAAGAUGAACAAAUUUUCCAAGCUCAUCUGGACUCAGACUGGUCAAACUGGGAGCGAAUCACUGAGGCUUUGAAAAUGGAGCUCAGCUUCAACCAAACUGAUGGUUUUUCUCCUGAUGUGGAUCGAUGGAGCCAAAAUAAUUUCGCCAACGUCACCUUCUCAAACAGCUCUGCAAUUUCUGUAAAUCUGAAUAAGGCGGCUAACUUGGUGAGCAUUUUUAUCCUUUGUGACACUAUGGUUGCUCUCGGCUGCACGAUGAACAUCUCCAAGAUAAAAGCCCACAUCGUGAAGCCCAAAGGGGUGGUGGUCGCCAUACUGGCUCAGUUCGGGGUGAUGCCCCUCACAGCCUUCUCUCUGGCUAAACUGUUCCAGAUUGGUACCAGUGAGGCUGUGGCAGUGCUGGUUUGUGGCUGCUCUCCAGGAGGGGUGCUUUCCAAUGUAAUGUCAUACGCCUUCAAGGGGGACAUGAAUCUCAGCAUCGUGAUGACGACUUGCUCGACACUGGCAGCGUUGGGAAUGAUGCCACUUCUGCUCUUCAUUUACUGCCACGGCUUCUCCAACCUGAGUGUUCUGCCCUACGGGAACAUCAUCCUGGCUCUGUUCUUAACCGUGCUGCCCUGCGCUUUUGGCAUCUAUAUUAACCAUCGUGUACCACAGUACUCCAAACUUGUCACCAGGGUUGGGCUGAUUUUAAUGCUGGUCGCUUUGAUUGUGUUUGCUGUCCUGGUUGCGAUUUUACUUGGCGAGGCAAUCCUGACAGUUGGAUCACCUCGACUUGUUGCCAUAGCAGCCCUGCUGCCACUGAUUGGAUACGGACUCGGCUACGUGCUGUCGCUCUUCUUCUUCAGAUCUGACAGACCGUGCAGGAGGACCGUUGCUAUAGAGACCGGUUGCCAGAACAUCGCUCUCGGCUAUACGAUCCUAAAAGUCGCCUUUGACCCGGAGUUCAUUGGGCCGUAUUUCCUUUUCCCUCUUCUCUACUUUUUCUUCCAAGUUCCUGAGGCGUUGAUUUUUAUCGCCCUCUUCCGAAUUUACACCAGACAGAAAUCUUCAGAAGAACCGGUGCUGAAUGGUCAGAACCUCUGAGUAUUUUGAAAGAAACCUGGGACGAGGACAAAGAACUGUACCGUAAACCAACAUCCAAUGUCUUGAUGAAUGUAAUUCUAUGUCAUCAUCGGGUCAUGUUCAUAUUUCGAUCUCAAACCCAAAUGCUUUCAGUGUAUAGCAAAAAAAAACAAAAGAAUUCGCCUUGAUGUUCCAAUACUUAUGGAGGCGAGUGUGUAGGGCAGGUAAAACAUCACAUCCCAUGACUCCUGUUCAUACUGAAUAUUCCAUUAUGUUUUCCAUCAGUAUUGUUUGUCUUCACAAAUGAAUUAUCAUCACACUACCUGUUGCCACCUAAAAGAAGGUUCUUGAAUCAAGGUUCCUUCUUCACGUCAUCUCCAGGAUUUUUUCAACGUCACCGUCACCUCUGAUUUGUUCAUUCGGGAUUUAAAAAAAAAAAAAAGCUGUUUUGUGACAACGUCUAUCCAGAGUCCUGAAAGCAAUCCUAGUCAAAAGGUGCACUUUAAAAGAAAGCUUUAAUUAGAAAUAGUUAUAUAUACACACACAAAUUGUAGAAUUAAAUUAAACUUUAUACAAAUAUUAAAAUACUAUCUUCACACCCACUGCAAUGUACAGAGGAAAAAAAAACAAUUUAAAAUGGUUAAGAUGAGAUGGAGAACACUAUACAAUGGUGUCAAGGAUUUCUGUGUUUUUUUUUUUUUAAAGAACAGAAAGUACAACUUUAGACCUGCAGCGAACUUCAGAUAUCAAAAUCACUGAUGGGGAAAAAAAAAAAGCUUUGGGAAAGGAAAAACAGAACCCAACACCGUCUGAAAAAGCCGUAAGACUGUUAAUGCAUAGGAAAUUAAACAGAAAGGAAAACUGAAGAUGAAUCGACACCAUGAUGGAAGAAACAUGAUUACAAAAAUAACGAAAAUGUGCAAGUCUAUUAAGGCGAAAGCUCUGUUUUGUCUUCUGUGAGCAGUUUUGCAGAAAAGGAAAAAAAAAAAAAACCCUCCAAAGGAUGUCUGAGCACACAAACCCGACCCCAAAAGAUUUGGACAGGUCACGACGGAUUUGUUCGUUAUCAUCAACUUGUCCAACGAUCAGUAAUUUGUUACUGUGCAAUUAAACAUGCAUGCAAGAAUGCACA